AUUUUGCAAUAUGCUAGGUGAAAAUAUUCCACAGGAAAAUGAGAGACCUGAGAAUGGAGUUUAGUCAUGAGGAAUUGGUGAAUUUAACGAGGGAAGCUAUUUAUAAAAUCAUCGAGAGUGAUCCAUUGUUUCGUGGACUUCCGUCAGAUGCAACAGUUGAGGAGAUAAAAGCGCAAACUGCAGUUGCACAGGGACAGGCAAUAACUGUCUACUUGAACCGAGGAAAACUUCCAAGACUGGCCAUAGUGAUUGCACCACACAGCACAACAGUACUUGAUCUCAAGAAAGCAAUUGAAUGCCAAACAAAUUUAUCAUUGAAACGAGAAAAAGUUCAUAAGAAAAUAAGCUGGAAACACGUGUGGAAAAAAUACCACAUUUAUUUCGAUCAAAUUCCCCUCAAUAACGAUAAAGAAAAUAUAAAGAGUUACGGAGUAGCUAACAAAGUUGAACUUCAUUACAGAAAACGUCUUAGAGAGAAAAAUAAUAUUUGUCACAGUGUAAGAAAUUGAUAAUAAAUUCGAUAUAAGUUUA